GCUAAUUUGGUCUCUGACAUCGUUGGGACGGGCUGCAACGUGCCAGUUGAUCGUUGGAUGUCCUGCGCCUUGUUUUGGCCUUGGCCGGGUGCCUCGCUUCGUGUUGGUACAUAUGGUACCUAAUAUAGACCUCCGAAGGAACAGAGCCAUGGCGAUGGCUUGUAGGCUCCAACGGUAAUCCGGGAGCUAUGGAUGCUCGAGUGCCAUAUGCAGUAUCAGCAACCUCCACCCCUGCAGCCCUGCUGACCCACGCCCUGCGCCUCUCCAACCACGUAUCUGGCGUGCAGCCUAUCUCGCGCUACCAUCAUGCCACCGCCAUCACCGCUAUCACCACUACUACAACCUCACUCGCCGCUUCUAUGGUAGCUCCCGCGCCCGCGCCCCGCCCCGUCCGCCGCCGCUCGCUCUCCCGCCGCCGCGCACGAACCGAUAGUAACGUCUUGGACCACCUCGACGACGAUCUCCCGCGAUCACUGCGUCGCCAACCAGGCAACCAACCGCACGAUCGACCGCAUCAAGUCGCCCGCCAUGGCCAUAGUAGUAGUAGCGGCGGCUACUUCGAGCACCGGCCCACAGCCGCAGUUACGGUAGCCGCGCCGGCACCUGCGCCGGCACCUGCGCCCGCCCCGCCAGAGGAACCUGCACUAGCCGCAGCCGGCGGACUCCUCUCGUCGCUUACCGCACCGCUAUUCAAGCUAUGGGCCGGCAGCGGCGAGACGACGCCCGCUUCCAUCGUGACUCCAGUCGAAGUCGCAGCUCCAGUUCUGGCUCUGGCGCCCCCAGCUCCGCCCCAACCAGCUGCGCCCGCUUCCAAGCAGCUGCAGCGACGCAAUGAUCCCCGCCGCACCCACUCCGACAGCCAAGCGCUAACGGUAAUCUCGGCCGAGCCCCCCGAACCCGAGGCAACAGGCAUCAUGAGCUACCUCCCGGCACUCCCAAAGCUUCCCUCUAUCCUUUCCAAGCCCAAACCCGAGGCACCCCCCCAGCUGAGCCAGGAAGCACUCGACACCAUCGUGCGGUAUCUAGCGGUGCACACGGAGCACGCGAUGGACCCAUUGUCCUGCAAGCUCAAGAAGCGCUGUAAGCACGAUGCCGAGCGGCUGAUGUUGGCGAUGAGCCCUGCCGCCGUGGGGAGUCUCCAUGCGUUCCUGGUCGUGGUCAAGCGCGCGCCGGAAACGCCCAUCGGGUUCGAUCCGGCCAUGUUGAUACGGUAUACCCGCGGGGACCGCAAGGCGCUGGAUACGCUGGUCUGUGCGCUGGCUGAUGUGCUGCGGGGUCUUGCGGGAGUGCUGGAAGGGGGGUUUACAGUGCCCGGUGGAUGGGUAGGUGGUGAAGAGGAGUCACGUGUAGCUAAGUAGGAGGAUGUAGUUGUCAAUCCAUUCGUCAUUUUUAUACACACCUCAUCCAAACACGCGCACGUCCCUCCCCCCCGCACCCCGCAUUUCCACAUCUUUCAAACAUAUUUUAUUCAUGAAA